AUGCUCAAACUUCUGCUACCUCUUCUCAUUUACCCUUUAUUAUUAGUAGGACAGAAUCUCAUCAUAGACGUCUCCCAAAAUGCCAUUCAAAAAUAUGUGUCAUCAAUGUCUUCUCAAUUCAAAAAUGAAAUUCAUAAUUCAAAACUACCUCCUAUGGAGGCAUCCCGUUUCAUUUGUGGAGUUGUUUUAAAAGACACAACUGUCUCAAACAUCAAAUUUUCAAAUUUCUCCGUUGAACUCGCCGGUAAAUUUAAAGACUACUAUUUGAAUAUAACUGAUUUCUCUAUAACAAUAUCUGGAAACUACAUUCGCAAAUUUUUCUUUUUCAAGUUCCAUGACUCAUUUUCCGUGAAGCUGAAGUUCAAAAAAGCAGCACUCGGAGCAUUGGUUCCGAGUUUUGCAAAUGGAUUACCUUUUCUACAUGGAGUCAUUAAUUGUGACUUCUCUCCGGUUAUAAUUGACGAUCCUGUGACAGAUGGAUGGUUUGUAACAUCACUGAUUUACGAUGCAGUUGAAGAAAAUAUAAGAGACAUAGUGUGCCUGAAACUGGUGGAAUCACUUGAUAAAAAGAUCAGAAGCGACAUUUAUGAACUUCAAGUCGACUUUCCUCUAUUCUCCAAUUCAUCUGAAAUGUCAUACCGAAUGUUCAAAAAGGCACCAUAUAUGACACCUUCCAAACAGAUACGAUACUUUAUUGAAGGAGAAAUCGAGUUGCCGGUCAGCGAGCCAGCUGUAUUUAUUCCAGAAGAAGUCAUAGAUGAAAACAUACAACGCCAUGUGGCGUACCACAUUCAUGAAAAACUACUAGCUGAAAUGUUAGAUGCAAUAUGUGAAAAGGGAUUAUUUGAUAGCAAUUUCACAUCCCUUCCUUCUAUGAAAUCAGUCAGCUACCUCUGCUUGAGUACAAGUGUCAAAAUCCAGAGUCUAUCCAGCACAAUAACAAUUAUUAUACAUAUAACAAGUCUGGAGACGUAUCCAGACAAGCAGGAGAAGACACAGCUUCGCAGUUUCAUGGUCACCCCAUUACAUAAUAGCGAGCAUGAGCUGUUCAUUCGAUUAAAGUCGCAAAUCGCGAAUCGAUGGUUGGAUAAUACAUUUACGGAGCAGCUCUUCAAUCAUCUAUCCCAAGUUCUAUCCGACAACUUCCGACUACCUCUCCCGUUCAUCCGCAACUCGUCAAUAUCUGACGUCAUCUUUCUCUCAAAUGCAGAUUAUUUUACAAUUCUUCCAAAUUUUGAUUUUCAUCAUAACGAUACUCAAUUAUGA